GGCAAGUCUGUAACAAACAUCCAUAUUGCUUCAUAUAUAUUAAUGGCAAGGUGUGUAAGGCAGGUAUACAAGGAACAUGCCAUGGGUAACGUGAUGCAUACUACAUAAAACUAAGAUGUCCUGAUAAGAACAACAUUAUUUUUCAAAUGUGUCAUCUUUUAAGACAGUCAUUCACAAAAGUUACGAAGAAGUGAUUUCUGCACAGCAAAAAAAAAAAAAAAAUAUUCAUGAUUGUAUAUGUACCUUUGCUUUGCUAUUUAAUUUAUAUCUUUAUGAGUACAUUUAUACAUUUUCUAGCAAUAGUCCUCUACCAAUGAUACAUUUGUGUUAGAACACAGGUAAGGUAGCUGGAUUGUGUUAAAACAAAGAGACUAGUCUUGGUGCGCGAUGUGUUGUCGCCAGCCUCUUCUUUAGAGGCAACCACCGCCAACGCUCUUUCACCCCAGUUGUUAUUGGUGUUCUUUGUGUUUGACUGUUACCUGUUGCCGAUUUCUAACAAGUGUUCAGUACAAUGAAUCUUUUCUAUAAAAAAUAAAAGAAACUUAGUGCACUUCACAUUUUGGCCGACGGGGAGGUAUAAAUUUAAGACUUUGCCCACCCCUUGCGGUGCGAUGAAACGUCGGCCCCUGGCCUUGUACCUUGCGAACGGAUAAGAGUUGUUCUCACCCAGCAGUCCAGAGAUACACCAUCGCAGUUCCGCGUGUAACUCUUACUACUGUAAUUGUUUUAAGCAAAAAACGCUUUGUGUUCAGAGUUGACAGUGUUUUGGAGAUCUGUGUUACUUUGCUUAAAAAUUCCUGUUGAAGUCAUUACAAGAUGUCAACUUCCACAAAUCAGAGCAAGAAUAUCCUUCCCGUUUGAGAGGUAUAUAUGCAUACCGAAAAAGGUCGAAUGAUAUCAAUGAUCCAGGCAGUGGGAAAGCUAGACAUACGCGUGAGCCACCAAUGGAAGGAGCGUAAUCGAGAUGACUUGGCAACUGCAAGCAGGAGAAGCGGGUGGCUCUAGGGGUGAGCUGCUUCACAACCCAAGCAGCAUGCGGCCGUUUAGAGUUUUUGUCAUCAUUCUCUGUCUCGGUGAAUGUUCGCCACUACAACUCACAAUGAGCGACAGUCAAAUGCUCAUUGCAAAUUGUACGAAACGAAGUGUGGAGUCGGGGAUGGACGGACUUCAUCACAUCCAGAUGACGGUUGGUGCUAAACUGACCCGUAACAGCAAGCUCAGUUUGUCCAGCUUGGCACAGGUUUUACCCGGAGAAACCGCAAAGCUCGUCGCUGGCGCCAUACAGCCAGAAGAUGGCGUUGCUCGUGGCAGACUCGCUCCACGUGUUGACAGAUGUUAUCUGGAAGUGAGGUUGUUAGAGGUGGUUAACGAUCUCUCUUUCAAGUGCAUUUACACCGAAAAGACAGCGCUGCACGAAGUAGGCAAGAGUAUUGACGACGACCCAGUGGUGCAAACGCAAGCGGUGGUCAAGUUGACCUGCUGGUGUGUGGACUGUGACGUCACAAAUAUCUCACUCAGCCGGAAAAACGUGGACACCAACGAGUCGGUUGUUCUGACACCAGAACACGACAACGGCAACGGCACAAACCAAAUUUUUGAUACGUCAGACGACACGGUCGUCUACAGGCGUGUUGUCACCAGCUCGGAAGCGAACCUCACUGCCUACGUGCGCCAGCCGAGCGAUCGCGUGACGUAUGUUUGUAACGUCUUCGGUCCUUCCGGUUCCAUUGCGAAAGAGCUUCCUGUGAUGGGAGACAGGAGGCCCACGACUGUUACUUUUUCAUUUAAGGCGACGGCGCGUUUCGAGAGCGUGAUCGGCAGCGACAACCCGACGACCUACAAGACGACAACGUACGUCUUCCUCGCCAUGUGCAUCGCCCUCGCUGGUGUUGUUAUCGUGGGACUGUCAAAGUUCAACGCAUUCAGGAAGUGCCGAAUAUCCCGACGGAACUUUCACGCGGUGCCAGACAAUGAGUUAGCACUCACUUCUCACCUGUGAUAAACUUUAGAAAAUAAGGGUACGCUUGCAGGGUGGAGAUGGAGUUAACUAAGCAAGUGGAGAUAAACUGAUUCCGUCUUUGAACAGUGACGUCUUCUCCAGGACCGUCGAGAGCCAGUAUAGGCCCAAAUAGCCCUUGCACUAAUUGUAUAAUUUUUCAAAUUUAUAAUGGUCUGCUUACAAUUCAAUUGUCGAUAUUUACAUUUCAUUCAAACACAUAUAGUCAGCAAACGUCGAUAUACACAUGUGCAUACAACUAUGAUCUAGACUCCUAAUGCAGAAAUAAACGGCUUUACAGUCUUGCCCUUAGGGGUUUUGGUGAGACAAAAUCCGUCGACCCCUACCCUCUUCAGCCCCCAUUAGUUGAAAUACUAAUUAGUAAUUUUAUAAAGAUAAAUCAGAAGUUUAUUUGUACAUUGUUCUGUCUAAAGUAGACUCUUCUUGCUGGCUGUCCACUACCUCACAAGCUUCAGAAAGUCCAGAACUCAUCUGCUCGUCUCCUUUUCAAGACUCUCAAAUGUGAACAUCUCACACCACUUCUUCACUCUCUUCAUUGGCUAGCAGUUAAAGCUAGAAUAGACUACAAGCUCUCAACUCUAUACUAUGGAUUCGUCGAAGGCUUCUUCCCCCACUACUUUACUGGAAUCUGAAUUGUCUGUCCUCACCCCUGCCCGAAACCUUCGCUCCUCAUCAGACUCCCACAUUCUAUCCUCCCUCCCACAAAAACAGUCACAUACGGACAACGGACGUCCUCCCUCUGUGCUGCUAAGCAGUGGAACUCUCUUCAUUUUCUUACAUUUA